ACUUCAAAGCUAUUUAGUAACUUCAAACAAAUUCACUAAAGCGGCAUAAAAUGCCCACGAACUCUACAACCGUUAGUUUAGAUGAAAAUACUUGUUAAACAAAAAAAAAUAUAUAAGUUAACAGCGGAGUUGUCAUGAUGUGUUAAUAUUUUUGUUUUAUUUAAAUAGAGAGUUAUUUCUGUCUCGUCAACCUUUGCACGUUGCAACAUACAGCUGAUCUCACCGGUGGUGCAGUAGGAUGCUGCGUGAAUGAUGACUGGCGUCGACUGUUAAUUACACCAUUUAUUUUUUCGAUAUUUUUUUGGUAGUUUCACUGUGCCACCGGUGGCGGGCUAAGCUCGCUAACCAAAAUGACGUGUUGUAAUUAUUGUCUGUAAUGUUCGGGAGACAAACUGGUUUUGAUGAAAGCGCUAUCUAACCUGGAUCGAUUAGACCGAGACUGGAGGCUUGGGCAGUAGUACUUUGACGCGCGUUACGAUCGCACAUCGGAAGUGAACAUGACCUCAAAUUGGAAUUUUGCUGUGGUUUUGGCUGGUUUGGUGUGGUGCGCUUCAGCUGACUUUGGCGUCUCAUCUAUAGUACUCGACAGUGGAUUAGUUGGUUUCAAUGCUAAUCAGCUGCGAGAUUCAUUCAACGAUGUGUUGAGUACUUCUAAGAGAAUUCCUGCCAACUUGCAUUCCGAUGUCUUACGUUACGGCGCAGGAAAUGUCUCGGCGUUGGUGUUAAACAUGACGGAAAUUGGUUCGAAGCUGGCAAACAAUCUGAAUAAGGCAGCUGGUGAAAGAAGUGUGCCAAUUGCAGAUGUGUUUGGAUCGCUUGGCACAUCUGUCCGUGAUUUGGAAGCGUUUCUGUUGGAUAGUUGGCCAAAUAUUUUGAAGUAUGUUAAUGAGACGUUGAAGAAUGUGACGGCAUCAGAAAUCGAUGAUGCUUUAAAAGAAAUCAACAAAUCAUUGGUGGAUAUUUCUCAAGCAUUAAAUGAUCUACAAUUAGCUUUGAAUAAAGCGCUAAUGGCAGAGAAUGCAGGAACAACGACGCCGGUGCCAGGGAUAAUCGAUAUUUCGAAUAGUUUUGCUCAACGACUGAGCAAAACUUUGGAAAUGUUCAGAGACCGGGUCAAAGUGUUGAACAAAGCUGUUGAUGUAACCGUCAAGAGUAUAGAGGUUUCAAACUCAUUUCUGGAUACGAUCAAUUCGAACAGACGAUCCGUUAGCGAUGCCUUUAAAACUGCAGAGUCUUCGUUGCAUUCCACAGUUAAAAACGAAUUGUCCUCAAUCACAGAUAAGUACCUGGCAGCUCACAAAAGCUUCCAACAGGACUAUGCUGAAGCCGUUGAACGUUUGAAAAUCUUCACUUCCAACUCUACUCUAAAUGUCUUGGUAGAUCUAACCAAAGAAGAGUACACUAAAAACUACUACCAACUAUACAAUCGGAACAGCCCAGACUUCGCCGCAUUUAGUGAUGCCCUCAACGAAAUCAGUUCGAACGUCUCUUCAGUAAUGAAUCAAACCGGGCAACGUUUCUUCGAUGACCUAGAUAGCGCAUCUUCAACGGUGGUUGACACAAUCAUUGCCCGAGGAUCAUUCGCAACGCAAUGUAGCAACACAUUUUCCUCAAGAAUCACUGGUCCGAUUUUCGGAUUCCACUUUGAAGCAACCAAUUGUGUGACCCGUGAACGUGGACGGAUUCCCAGAAUUACGGAAACCGUAGAUCGGCUACUGCAAUUGGUGCAGUCUAGUAGCAAGGAUUUUACGGCAGACCUAGGGAGUUGCUCGCGGUUUGGAGGAUUUUCUAUCAACGAGAUGGAGUAUGACCAAGCGAAAGGAUGCUUGGAAUCGAACCUCCGUGAAACGGGAAAAUAUAAUCAAAUCAUUGCUGCUCAGCUGGAUGUAAUCAAGACGAUAUUGACUGUGGAGGCAGAUGCUAGCAUUUUUAGAGCAAGUCAGUGUUUGGAGCAAACGGCUAGUGAAGAGAGUGCACUUCUGGAAGGCGUUCGUACAGGGAUUCCUAGUUGUAUGGCCAACGGAAUUUAAAUGAAUUUCUAGUGAGGUGAAAAGAUAUUUGUGGACAAACGAGAUAUUGUUGAACUUUUUCUUUGAUUCGAAUUGCCAACCUAAUAUAGCAUGUACCUGAGAUAAUCUGGAGUAGUUUUGGAAAGCAUCAUUCUUAACGAUGAAACAGAGUGUCCCAAAAACCUACCACAAUUCAGUGCGAAUAUUGUAAUAGGUCCAAUUUGUAAAAGGAAGGCUCCUUGAUUCAAUUUACUUUUGUUCAUAUUGUGCUAGUUAUUUCAAUCUGCUAAAUAAAAAAAACUGGACAUUGAGCUUGAGAGCUUGAG